AACCAUCUAAAUAAAACAUAGAACACUUGUUAUUAUUCCCUUCACCUUUAAGAUCAAUAACAUAUAUUAUUAUGGCUGAACAACACCACCACCACCACCUCUUCCACCAUGACAAGGAGGAUGAACAGACCAUGGAUACCGCCGGCACCGAGGUUGAUUACAAGAAGGAAGAAAAGCACCACAAGCACCUUGAACAACUUGGUGAAAUGGGAGCUGUAGCUGCUGGUGCUUAUGCCUUGCAUGAGAAGCAUAAGGCAAAGAAAGAUCCGGAGCAUGCCCACAAGCACAAGAUAGAGGAGGAGGUAGCAGCUGCCGCCGCCGUCGGUGCCGGAGGAUUUGCCUUCCAUGAGCACCAUGAGAAGAAAGAGUCAAAGGAAGAGUAUGAGGAGACUCAUGGAAAGAAGCAUCAUCAUCUUCUUGGCUAAAAAAUAAAAGAAGAAGAAAGUGAGAGAGAGAAGAAAAAUAAAAGAGGGUUAUAUUAUAUA